AGGCAGUAUAAAAGCAGGAGUCAGACUUGAGCAGCUCUGAACUUGUGAGCAGACACUGAACGGAUUAAAAACCAGAGACAAAGUGGUCAUAAAUCGUCCUCUAAACUCUGGAUGAUGUGGGAAAUGAUUUCAAUACCUCAGAAGAAGAUCCGUUGAUAAUGGAGAGCCAUUUCAUUUUCAUUACCUGGAUGUUUAUGUGGAUGAAAUGGGUGUGGAAAUGCUGCGGGUGAAGUGAGUAAAAUGAAGAGGAGGAGGCAGAAAUGUGUCUCUGUGGAAACACCUGUCGUCUGACUGCCGCUGGAGAUGGAGCCGCUUUUAUUUGGGUGCAUACAAAAAGGACGAGCAACGCGCGUGAUGGAUGAAUAUUUGAGGGACUUGAGGCUGAUCUCCAGGCUUCCCUUCGCGCUCAAUGACAGGGGGAUCUGACGGGGGAAAGAUGGGAGGGAUGGAGAAUGCCAGUGCGCUCAAACCAACGCCUGUCAGCUAUGGAGAGCUGUUGAACAUCUCCACAAACUAUAUCUGGGCCAAUUUCACCUCGAAAGAGGAAGAGAAGGACAGCAACUUGGCUUUCCAGGCGGGACUAGGCGCGACUUUGACGCUCAUAACUUUGGCCACCACGCUUUCAAACGCGUUCGUCAUCGCUACCAUUUACCAAUCCCGAAAACUACACACCCCGGCGAACUUUCUGAUCGCUUCCCUAGCUGUCACGGACCUCCUGGUGUCCAUUUUGGUGAUGCCCAUCAGCGCGUUGUACACGGUCAGCCAAACGUGGACUUUGGGGCAGGUGAUGUGCGACAUCUGGCUGUCCUCGGAUAUAACCUGCUGCACCGCGUCCAUCCUGCACCUGUGCGUAAUUGCGCUGGACCGCUACUGGGCCAUUACGGACGCCGUGGAGUACUCCAAAAAGCGCACGAUGGGGCGCGCCGCCGGGAUGAUCGCCACCGCCUGGGUGAUCGCCAUCUCCAUCUCGCUGCCGCCGUUCUUCUGGCGCCAGGUGAAGGCGGAGGAGAUGACGAGCUGCAACGUGAACACGGACCACAUUUUCUACACCAUCUACUCCACCUUCGGCGCAUUCUACAUCCCCACGUUGCUGCUUAUUGCGCUGUACGGGCGGAUCUACGUGGAGGCGCGCAAGCGCAUCCUGAAACAGGCGCACAAGAAGCCGGGGAAGAGGCUCACCUCUGCGCAUCUUAUCACCGACUCCCCCGGGUCCGUGGCGUCCACGACCUCGCUCAACUACGGCACGAACGACGCCUCCUCCUCGUGCGACGCUGCGUCGUGCCAAGCGCACGCGAACCAAGUCAAAGUGACCGUGUCCGACGCGCUGUUGGAGAAGAAGCGCAUUUCCGCCGCAAGGGAGAGGAAAGCGACCAAAACUUUGGGAAUAAUCCUGGGAGCCUACAUCAUAUGCUGGCUGCCGUUUUUCAUUUACACCCUCCUCGUGCCUGUGUGCGAGGCCUGCUUCCACCCGGAGCUAUUUGACAUUUUCACGUGGCUGGGUUACCUCAACUCUUUAAUCAACCCCAUCAUUUACACCAUGUCCAACGAGGACUUUAAGCAGGCUUUCCACAAACUGAUACGGUUUAGAUGCUGCAGGGCGUGAAGGACAAUUAGCAGACAUAGUUAUGUCCUCACAGGGGCGGAGCCGGGGGGGCUUCUGGGGCCCCAGACCCCACUGUUUUCUCAAAAGUCCCUAAUUCUUUAAGCAGGUUUAACGUUAAGGUUUGUAUUUACUAGCCUUCCUCCAAAUGUGUUUUGCCCAAAGUCAAUUUUUAGAAGGCCCCUAUUUAUAAAAAAAAAAAGAUGUAUGAAAAACAAUGUCAAAAAGGGUCGAAAAGAACAUACCGAAAAAGUGUCAAAUGUGGAAAAAAGAGCAGAGAAAGUCAAAAGGCUGAAAUAAAAAACGUUAAAAAAAAGUGCCAAGCCCAGAAUGGCUGAGGCAGGGUUCAACGUCAAGGUUUUCUUUUCACUUGUCCGGUCUGGUAAGUGAAAAAAAAUCUACUUGCCCAAUAUAAACUUUCACUGGCCCCUAUACAAUUUUGUUUUUGUUUUUGGAAGAAAAGAAAAAAAACGUUAAAAAAAAACUUUUCAAAAAACAUCAAAAGCAUGAAAGAAGAACAGAA